UGCUGAAUGAAGCGGGAAUAAAGAUGUAGUGUGAAGUGAGGAGGGAACCAGAGCUGCGCUGAGCCUGAGAGCAGAGGACGGACGCGGAGCAGGACCCAGUCCUGAGGGCACCCUCCAGCGCAUCAGGAAGAUGCCCUCCCGCUGCAGGACGGCGCUCAACAUCGCGGUCACCACGCUCUUCGCCGCCGUGGUGCUCUCCACCAUCCUGCUGGCCUACGUGACAGGGUACCAGUUCAUCCGCAGCGAGCAGCACCACCUGUCCUUCGGCCUCUACGGCGCCUUCCUGUCGCUGCACCUGCUGCUGCAGAGCCUCUUCGCCUACCUGGAGCAGCGGCGAAUGAAGCGGCCGGCGCGGCCGCAGCACCUGCGCCGCUCCGUGGCCCUCUGCAUCGCCGCCUACCAGGAGGACCCCGACUACCUGAGGAAGUGCCUGCGCAGCGUGCGGCGCAUCUCGCUGCCGGGCCUGAAGGUGGUGCUGGUGGUGGACGGGAACCGGCCCGAGGACCGCUACAUGAUGGACAUCUUCCAGGAGGUGAUGGGCGGGGCCGAGCAGGCGGGCAGCCUGGUCUGGAAGGGCAACUACCACAGCGGCGCCGGCGCAGAGGAGGCGGCCCGAGUGGCCCGGCUGGUCCGGACCUGCAGGUUCUCCUGCAUCAUGCAGCAGUGGGGGGGCAAGAGGGAGGUGAUGUACACGGCCUUCAAAGCUCUGGGCGACACUGUGGACUACAUCCAGGUCUGUGACUCGGACACGGUUCUGGAUCCUGCGUGCAGCAUGGAGAUGCUGAAGAUCCUGGAGGACGACCCCACGGUGGGUGGAGUCGGAGGAGACGUCCAGAUCCUCAACAAGUACGACUCGUGGAUCUCCUUCCUCAGCAGCGUGCGCUACUGGAUGGCCUUCAACGUGGAGCGCGCCUGCCAGUCCUACUUUGGCUGCGUGCAGUGCAUCAGCGGGCCCCUGGGCAUGUACCGCAACGCCCUGCUGCAGAGCUUCCUGGAGCCCUGGUACCAGCAGACCUUCCUGGGCUCCAAGUGCAGCUUCGGCGACGACCGCCACCUCACCAACCGCGUGCUGAGCCGCGGCUACAAGACCAAGUUCACGGCGCGCUCGCGCUGCCAGACGGAGACGCCCACGCGCUACCUGCGCUGGCUCAACCAGCAGACGCGCUGGAGCAAGUCCUACUUCCGCGAGUGGCUCUACAGCGCGCUGUGGUUCCACAAGCACAGCCUGUGGAUGACCUACGAGUCGCUGGUCACCGGCUUCUUCCCCUUCUUCCUGGUGGCCACCGUGCUGCAGCUCUUCUACCGCGGCCGGCUGUGGAGCAUCCUGCUCUUCCUGCUGACGGUGCAGCUGGUGGGCGUGGUGAAGGCCAGCUACGCCUGCUUCCUGCGCGGCAGCCUGCUCAUGAGCUUCAUGUCGCUCUACUCGCUGCUCUACAUGUCCAGCCUGCUGCCCGCCAAGAUCUUCGCCCUGCUCACCAUCAACAAGGCGGGCUGGGGCACCUCGGGCCGCCGCAGGAUCGUGGUCAACCUGGUGGGCGCCGUGCCCGUCACGGUGUGGGCGCUGGUGCUGCUGGGGGGCGUGGCCUACACCGUCUACUGCGAGGCGCAGGAGCCCUUCGGCGCCACCGAGCGGGCGCUGCUGCUGGCCGGGACGCUCCUCUACGCCUCCUACUGGCUGGUGCUGCUGCUGCUCUACCUGGCCAUCGUGGCCAAGCGCUGCGGCAAGCGGGAGGAGCGCUUCCCGCUGCCGUACGGCCAGGCCUAG